AUGAGUAGUGAUGAAGUCACAGUGCGGUUGUCCUCAUUACGGACAUAUUGGAACAGAUUCGAAAAUGCUCAAUCUGAACUUGAAUCUUUAGUUGAUGAAGAAGAUAUUGAGCAAUUAGCAACUAGUAGAAGUGAAGUUGAAGAGCUGUACAUUACAACCGAAGUGGAGUUGAGAAACAAACUGCAAUCCCCAACCACAGUUAUGAAUCAGUCUUCGCAAGACGAAUCAACGAUGGAUUUUUCAAUGGAACUGAAGAGACUAGCAAAGGAUUGUCGCUUUCAAUGUGAAUGUGAGAAAUCUGUAUCAGACAUGUUACUAAGAAUGCAGUUUGUUAGAGGACUUAAAGAUAAUGAUGUAAGAGGGCAGUUACUACAGAAAGAAACAAGUACUUUCAAAGAUUCAGUGCAAGCUGCAAUUUCCUUUGAAUCCUCGAGACUUGAGAGCAGCAUUAUAUCAAAUCCUACAACAGCUGCUGUUCUUAAGCUAACAGGAAGCACUGAAAGAAAGAAGCCGGAACAACAACAAUAUGCAAGCAAAGGACCAACCAAGAAGACCGAAAGAUAUCAUACUGUUCACUCUACAUUUGACCAACUGCGUGGUCGAUGCUAUCGAUGCGGGGAUAAGUUCCAUAAAGCUGAUAGUUGCAGGGUCUGCAUGGCAAAGAACAGAGCUAGGCAUAUCAACCAGAUCGAGGACAGUGAAAAUUUAAAUGAUAUUGAUCACGCAACGUACGACACAUAUAAGAUACAAAUGAAUGGUUCUGACAAGUUCAUGGUUGAAGUUACAUUAGAAGGAAAACCAAUUCAAAUGGAAUUGGACACAGGAGCAGCUUUAUCGUCGAUAUCAUACAAGGAUUAUAAGAAACUAAAUUUGAGUAAAAAACUAUUUCAAACUCACGUACAACUAAGAACUUACACGGGCGAACUUAUAAAACCAAAGGGGGUAGUGUAUGUCGAGUUUAGCUUCAAAGACAAAGCAUACUUUGGCAAGCUGUAUGUAAUUGGACAAAAUGUUGAACCUAUUUUCGGAAGAGAGUGGCUUAGGGAGAUUAACUUAAAAAUUGGAGAUAUCAGAACUAUUCAAGAAAACUCGUGUGAUCUUUCUAAACUCCUUACAGAAUUCUCUGAUGUUUUCAAAAAGGAAAUUGGAUGUAUUCCGAACGAGAAGGUUCAUUUAUCCCUUCAAGAAGGUUGCGAGCCCAUUUUCAUCAAACCCAGACAAGUUCCAUACUCACUUAAAGGAAAAGUAGAAGACGAACUCAAUCGACUAGAGAAUGCCGGUAUAAUCACUAAGGUGAACAAUGCUCAGUGGGGAAUGCCAAUUGUCCCAGUGGUUAAACCCAAUGGAUCUGUAAGAAUAUGUGCAGACUAUAAAACUACACUGAAUAAGGUGAUACAAGACGACAAACAUCCAAUACCUAGGAUAGAGGACAUUUUCGCGGAAAUGAAUGGCGGGAAGCUAUUUUGUACAUUGGACAUAAGCAAUGCUUACCUGCACAUGCAAAUGGACGAGGAAAGUUCAAAUUUGCAAACUAUAAGUACUGAAAAAGGUCUUUACAAAGUCAACAGGAUGAUGUUUGGGGUUAAAGUAGCACCAUCAGUAUGGCAAAGGUUCAUGGACAGAAUACUACAAGGAAUUAGCGGUGUUAAAUGCUUCUUUGACGACAUUAUCAUACAAGGAUCGAAUUAUGAAGAAACUGUGCAAAGAUUGAAGCUAGUCCUUGAUAAAAUAAGGGAACAUGACCUUAGAUUGAAUUUUGAAAAAUGUAAAUUCUUUCAGAAAAGGAUUGCUUACUUAGGUCAUACAAUUGAUGAAAAUGGACUUCAAAAGGGGUCUGAAAAGGUAAAAGCAAUUGUUGAAGCAAAGCGACCUCGUGAUGUCAACCAAUUACGUUCUUUCAUAGGUUUGGCAAACUACUACAAUAAGUUCAUACCCAAACUGGCAGAGAAACUAAACCCAUUGAACAAACUCUUACAGAAGGGCAAGAAAUUUGAAUGGACUGAUGAAUGUGAAAGAAGUUUUGAAUCUGUUAAAUUGGAUAUUGCCAAAGAUGAAACUCUAAUCCAUUACAAUCCGUCAUUACCUUUAAUACUGUCAACAGAUGCAUCACCAACUGGCUUAGGAGCUGUAAUUUCACACCGGCUAAAAGAUGGAACAGAAAAGCCAAUUGCCUUUGCAUCUAGGUCACUAAGUAAAAGUGAGAAUCAAUACAGUCAAAUUGACAAAGAAGCGACUGCCAUUUAUUGGGGUGUGAAAAAGUUCUUUCCAUACUGCUAUGGCAGAAAAUUCAUUCUUGUCACAGACCACAAACCUCUUGUAUCUAUUUUUCAUCCUUCAAAAUCCCUACCUGCAAUGUCAGCUACACGUUUGUUAAAUUACGCUCUUUUCCUUGCUGGUUUUGACUAUAAAAUAGAAUACAGAAAAACUUCAGACCACUCCAAUGCAGAUUUUCUUUCAAGAUUCCCAGUAGAAAAGUUAGAAGAAGGUGAAGAUCUCUAUUCAAAAUUUCAGAUGAAUCAAAUAUCUAUGCUGCCACUUACCAAAGAGACAAUUGCAGAACAUACAAAGAAGGAUACAUUUUUCUCUAAAGUCAAGACAGCCCUUGAAAAUGGAGAUGAUCUUGAGACAAUGGGACUAAACAACAACGAGUACACAUUACACAAAGGAUGUGUUUUUCGAGGUAUAAGGGUUGUGAUACCUUCAACUCUUCAGAAAGAAGUACUCAAAGAACUACACGUGGGCCACCUUGGGAUGACAAAAAUGAAAGCAAUGGCAAGAAGCUAUUUGUACUGGAAGAAUGUGGACAGAGACAUUGAAGAGUUGGUCAGAAACUGUAAGAUAUGUUCCCAGAAGAGAAAUGAACCUCCAAAAGAUAGGAAUCACCCUUGGGAAGAACCAUCUGGACCAUGGGAGAGAAUACACUUAGAUUUCCUUGGGCCCAUGAAUGGAAAUUACUUCCUAGUCAUCAUUGAUGCCCAUACUAAAUGGCUAGAAAUAUUGCAUACAAAAUCGACAACAGCAGAAUGGUGUAUCAAAAAGUUACAACAUCUAUUUACAACGUUCGGUCUUCCAGUGACAGUCGUUACAGACAACGGGACACAAUUCACCAGCACAGCUUUUCAAAACUAUUUGAAAGAAAAUGGAAUUUGUCAGAGAACAUGCGCACCAUUUCAUCCUUCUAGCAAUGGACAAGCAGAAAGAUUCGUACAAACAGUGAAGAAGGGGCUAAAUUCAAUGGUGGGGGAGAGAGGUGACAUACAAACUAAGAUCGACGCAUUAGUCACACAGCUGAGGAAGGCACCAAGCUCUACAACUGGAAUGUCUGCAUACAAGAUGAUGUUUGGCAGAGACAUCAGAACUAAACUAAACGUCAUGUCAGAUAAAACAGAAAGGUUUAGCGUCAAAGAACAAAGGAAGAUUGGAAGACAGUUCAGUGUGGGACAAAAGGUGCAAGCAAGGAACUAUACAUCCAAAGAAAAGUGGAGGUUAGGAGAGAUCAUCAGUCGAGUGGGCAACGUCAUGUACAGAAUAAAAAUGGACAAUGGAUUGAUAUGGACCAGACACACUGACCAGAUCCUUCCUAAGAAUUAA